GCUAUUAUGCUUUGAAUCGCAGAGGAGCGUCUCACUAGCGUCGCUGGGCUUCAGGCUGAGAGGGUAAACAAAUAAUCCCGUUCGGACGUAAACAGGUCCAGCAGGUCAUCAGCGGGACGGACAUGUUCCAGUUCAGGGUUUCGCAGGUCUUGAAGGACUUCUGCAGACCCAGCCUCAAGCGUGCCUUGUCUGAUUUCGCUGGGAAUGAGACGCGGCGACCCGCCUGUGCCAGCCAUGCCGGGGGAGCGUCGCGCAGAGCCCGGCUUCCAGCCGCAGCGGGCCGGCCUCUGUGGAGCUGCGGCCGGGCUCUGUGCACCAAGACAGACGCUGGACCAGCGCCGAACAAAGAAGCGGACAAGAGAAGGAAGGCAGGUAUCCUGCCCAGUCUGGAAGACCUGCUCUUCUACACCAUCGCAGAGGGUCAAGAGAAAAUCCCAGCACACAAGUUUACCACGGCACUGAAAGCCACUGGUCUGCGUACUGGUGAUCCCCGUCUGAAGGAGUGUAUGGAGAUGCUGAAGGUCACCCUGAAGACCACGUCCGAUGGAGCUCUGGACCGACACCUCUUUAAAAAGUGUGUCCAGAGUAACAUUGUCCUGCUGACUCAGGCAUUCCGGAGGAAGUUUGUCAUUCCUGAUUUUCAGUCGUUCACGUCACACAUUGAUGAGCUUUAUGAUAACGCCAAGAAGCUCUCCGGUGGGCAGGUGGCCGACUACAUUCCCCAGCUGGCCAAGUUCAGUCCUGACCUGUGGGCAGUUUCUCUGUGUACUGUGGACGGACAGCGACACACAGUUGGUGAUACCAAAGUGCCGUUCUGUCUGCAGUCCUGUGUGAAGCCGCUAAAAUACGCCAUUGCUGUCCAUGACCACGGCACGGAGUACGUCCACCGCUUCAUCGGAAAAGAGCCCAGCGGCCUGCGCUUCAACAAGCUAUUCCUCAACGAAGACGAUAAGCCACACAAUCCCAUGGUGAACGCAGGAGCGAUAGUCUGUACGUCCCUCAUCAAGCAAGGAGCAAGUAAUGCAGAGAAGUUUGACUAUGUAAUGAACUUCAUGAAGAAGCUGGCAGGGAAUGAGUAUGUGGGCUUUAGCAAUGCUACUUUUCAGUCGGAGAGAAUGUCUGGAGACCGGAACUUUGCCAUCGGCUACUAUCUGAAGGAGAAGAAGUGUUUCCCAGAGGGCACAGAUAUGACCUCUAUCUUGGACUUCUACUUUCAGUUGUGCUCCAUUGAGGUGACUUGCGAGAGCGCUAGCGUCAUGGCGGCCACGCUGGCCAACGGCGGCUUCUGUCCAAUCACAGGUGAGCGUGUGCUGAACCCCGAAGCUGUGAGGAACACACUCAGCCUCAUGCACUCCUGCGGCAUGUACGACUUUUCCGGACAGUUCGCCUUCCAUGUGGGUUUGCCUGCUAAAUCGGGCGUGGCAGGUGGGAUUCUGCUGGUGGUCCCUAACGUGAUGGGCAUCAUGUGCUGGUCUCCACCUCUAGACAAACUGGGCAACAGCGUCCGCGGCAUCCAGUUCUGCACGGAUCUGGUGCAGCUCUGUAACUUCCAUAACUACGAUAACCUGCGUCACUUUGCUAAGAAGCUGGACCCUCGUAGAGAGGGCGGCGACGAGAGGGUGAAGUCUGUUAUAAAUCUGCUGUUUGCUGCCUACACUGGAGAUGUGUCUGCUUUGAGGAGGUUCGCUCUUUCAUCUAUGGAUAUGGAGCAGAGAGAUUACGACUCCAGGACGGCUCUCCACGUCGCUGCAGCAGAAGGUCACGCCGAAGUCGUUCGUUUCCUUCUGGAGGCGUGUAAGGUGAACCCUGUACCCAGAGACAGGUGGGGGAACACACCGAUGGACGAGGCCGUGCACUUCGGUCAUCACGACGUGGUGACGAUCUUGAAGGAUUACCACAAUAAAUACAGCCCUCAGGAGACCACACCCGCCGGGGACAAGGAGACAGCCGAGAAGAACCUGGACGGCAUGCUGUAGCGCAGCUCGGUCCUCCAGAGCUGAGGGAAGUUUGUGUGUCUGUAUGUGUGUGUGUGUGUGUGUGCCUCUAUUACUGAAAAUCAUCUGUAGAACCCGUGUAGAAGUGAAGUAUUUGUGCAGCUGUGCUUAUUUAUGACACGAGUUUCAGUUCGGAGCACUAUGGAUCCUGUUGGGAAGGAAAGCGGUCACAUCGCCCUAUGCUGGUUGAGUUUGAAAUAUAGGUUAACGAUGAAUAAGAACAAAAAAUGUUGUCUAGGCAAGUUUAAAUAUAUCCGAUAUAGCUAAUCUUUCUCAUGUUGAGAUUGUGAGGACCAUAUAUUAAAAUGAUUGAAAAAACUUAUUUUCAUCGCACCAUACUGGCAAAUAAUUUUGCUUGUUUUAAAGGUGCAGUGUGUAAUAUUUAAGCAGAUCUACUAACAGAAAUGGAGUAUAGUAUGUACAAAUACAUACAAAAACCAUGUUUACAUUAGUGUAUAAUUACUAGUAACUGAAUUAAAAACAUUUUUUUUUAGUUAGCUCAGAAUGAGCCUCUCAUAUCUACAUGCAUAAUGUUUAUAACUUGACCGCUUUUGAGACCCCAGACCUGUUAAAAUUAGAGGCCAUUCUACAACAGCAUUAUUGUUCCACUGGCUACAUAAUGGCGUAUAGUGCUUGGACCCCGAUGAUCGCCGCUGUGGCUCCACAAUGGCACAUAGUGCUUGGACCCCGAUGAUUGCCGGUAAGCUUUUACUGUAGUUAUGGCGUCACAGAAAGCAUGAAUGGCAGGUGUUUUGCACACAACCAGCAGAUGGCGUACGUCUGCAUUUUCCCUCCCUGUUCCAGCGGUGCUGGGUGUGUGUGUGUGAGAACUCAUACUGUGCUGGUUUCUUCAGUCCGCAGUGAUCGAUCUGUAGCAUUUCCGUUUGUUUUUUCACACAUACACACACUAUAAAUGUAUUUUAAAUAUAUUAUAUACAGUGUACAUUGAUGUUAUAAUAUUGAAUAUUUUGACUUAUAGCUCCUUAAUGAUGUCGUUUAGAUCAUUACAAAGCUAGCAGGCUCCUUACAGUAGCCUGGGGUGGAUUAUAGUGCUUUUACUGAGUGGGAUGUAUCCUUCUAAAACUUGUUUUUUAAGUUACACUACUGCUCAAAAGUUUACGAACAUUUUCAAGCAGAUAAAUUUAUAAAAUGCUUCCAUUAUACAGCAUUAAUUUUCUGAUAUUGUUUAAACUAAUGUUUGGAAUGAAAGUUUAAUAAAUUUAACAUUCGGAAUGAUGAAAAUAUCAAUUUAUAAAUAUUGACAUGGAUAAAAAUACAUACAUCUUAAAAACCUGGUCUCUGAAUUCAAUUUAAAUCUACGUUGUACAGUUACUACUAUAUUUUAAAUGACAAAACAAUUUUAUUAAACAAUUUGGAUGAAAUUCUACUAAAUUGAACAUUCAGAAUAACAUAAUAAAAUUAAUGAACUUAAAAAUUUAUAUCCCGUAUCGACAUGGAUAAGGUUUGUAAAUUCUCAUUUCAUAUUUUAAAAUACUGAAUACAUCUAAAAGAAAAAUAAAAAAUAUUUCUAAUAUGCCAAUUGACCCAAACUUUUGAAUGGUAGUGUAUAUAUUUAAUGCUUUUGUCUUGUUGAUUUUUUUUUUUUUUUUUUUUUUUUUAAAGAAACUUCAGGAUGGUUGCAAUGUUUGCCUUUUAAAUGGUUCAUCAAGUCUUGCGAUUUCUAAUCUGUUCCAAAUGAAAAAAAAAAGUCUUUGAUUGUAUGGAAAUAUUUGCACUAGUUUCGUAUGUAUUUGUCAUGGUGAGAAUGUUCUGGAGCGCACUGAACCGUAACGGGUGAAGACGAGUUUCUAGGGACCAAAUGUUUUUGUGGUAGCAUCAAUCAUAAAACUAUCGAUUUUCUUUAUGAUUAAAAACAUUAAAGAAUAAUUGAACCAAAAAAAAAUUGAGAAAAGUAAAAGUGUGAAGGCAGGAGGCACCACAGAAAAAGAAAAAAUGUGAUGUUGUAACAGUUAUUUAUUUUUAUUAUUUAUUUAUUUAUUUUUACACAUUUAUUUUUGUUUAUGUGACAAAGUUUUUGUCUUGUUCCCCAGUGAUUAUGAAUUUAUAAAGUCCUGGAUACACUGAGGAGACGUUAAAAAAGGUUAAAAAAGACACAAACAAUUAUAACAACGUGUACGACCCAGACUAAUUCAGUGCAUCACACACGAUACACUGCAGGAAUUUGCAGCUUUUGCAAAUGUUUGUUUGUUUUUAGACCCAGCAAAAGUAGGCUAAGUAUUAUUUUGUCAGUAAUCAAUCGUUUAUUCAACUACUACAACUUUGUGAAUCCACAUGCGGAUGUUAACUACAUAUGACUUCCUGACCCGAAUUAAGCACCUAGAGUCAGAGCUUCACACAUAUUUUGUAGGUAUGUCUCUGGAAAGCUGCGUAAACUCUCCUCAGUGUACCCAGGAUUACAUCACAUAUAGCUAGCUGAUCACGAAUGUCCCCAGAACAUUCCUUUCUCCGUCUUUCCAAACGACUAUACUGAGCAAGUUGUGUAAAAACAAAUAGAAACAUAGCUGAGUUACGUAGACGGAAGCACACGAAGACCACGAGCACAAGAAGCUUAUCUGUAUUGAAUAGGCUUUUUAUUUCUUGUGAAACACUUAAAGCCAGUUUCCCAGACCCAACUUAACCCUAAGCCUAGACUUUCGGAAAGUAAAUCACCGCUGGGACGGCAGUUUAGUCCAAGAUUAGGCUUAAUCCGUGUCCGGGAAACCCUUAGAUUGCUACUUGAGUACUGUAUAUAGGUGUAUGUGUAUGAGUGCGAGUGUAAGCAUGUGUGUUAUGUUUGUGAAAGCCAGUUAUUAUUUAUAGCAAAACUACAAAAUGAU